AUGUCGAGCAUGGAUGAUGAAAAGAGGGAAAUGGGAUCCUCCACCGCGGGUUUUCCGACGCGUACCUCAACGUCAAGGGACCAUGUCGAAAAGGAACUUCACAUUUCACCAAGGAAUUCGCACUCGAGCUCUUCCAGUGAUGAUUCUAGAGACUCAGAUCCUUUGUCGCCUCUGGAACGCGCCUUAACACCAAAUCUUUUCACCGAAGCUGAACAAACAGCUCGACCCGAUUUGACGCAAACUCAGACAGGAACGUCGUUCGCUACCACCGGCUCGCGUAUUCCAUCAUUCGAAGUAGACUUUACCGAAAACGACCCAGACGAUCCAAGGAGCUGGCCAUUAUGGUACCGUGGUAUGAUCACUUUCUCGGUGAGCUUCGCGACUUUGGUGGUCGUGAUGUAUAGUACCAGUUACACCAGCAGCAUGCCUGGCAUGAUGAAGGAGUUUGGCGUAGAGAGUGAGCCUGUGGCCACGCUUGGAGUGACCAUGUACUUGCUUGGAUUGGCGGUAGGAAGUUUGGUACUGGCACCUUUGAGUGAGAUAUAUGGAAGGAGACCAGUUUACAUCGGAGCUCUGGCUGCUUUCUGUCUGUUGGUUUUGCCCUGUGCAUUGGCCACUUCGUUGGCGGAGGUACUGGUUGUGCGCUUCUUUGGUGCUUUGGCAGGUGCUGCAAUGAUAUCUAAUUCGCCAGGAACAGUAUCGGAUAUAGUGGAUGAUAGCCACCGUGCGCUUGCUUUUAGUAUAUGGUCUAUAGGCCCUAUGAAUGGUCCGGUUGUAGGUCCUGUAAUCGGAGGAUUCGCAGCAGAAUAUCUGGGCUGGAGGUGGACGAACUGGAUCGUCAUGAUAUUAGCAGGCGUUGCUUGGAUGAUGUGCGCUAUGAUUAAAGAGACGUACGCCCCAAGCAUCUUGAAGAGGAAAGCAGCAAAAAUGCGAAAAGAGACCGGUGACGAUAGAUACUGGUGUCGAUACGACAAUCAUAUGAGCUUGCUACAGCUCUUCAAGGUCAACUUGUCGAGGCCCUUUGUAUUGUCAUUUACAGAGCCUAUUCUGUGGUUCUGGAAUGCUUAUAUUGCGAUUAUUUACGGCAUACUUUAUCUUUGUUUCGUGGCAUAUCCUUUAAUUUACAGCGGCGAGCGUGGUUGGUCGCAAGGUUUCACUGGCUUGUCCUUCGUUGGCAUCGGUGUUGGUACAAUGAUUGCAAUUGCAACAGAACCAUUCGCUCGACGAGUCAUCAACUCGCAUCCGAAAGACCCAGAAACUGGACGACCCUACCCUGAAGCAUCCGUCAGUAUCAUCUGCUUUGCCUCUUUUUUGUGCCCGAUCGGACAGAUCUGGUUCUCAUGGACCGCUACUCCAGUCACCAUUCAUUGGAUCUGGCCCAUUCUAGCAGGCGUUCCUUUUGGCGCUGGAAAUUGCCUUGUGUUUAUCUACGCUUCGAACUAUCUAGCAGGAUCAUACGGAAUUUACGCAGCAUCUGCGCUCGCUGGAAACGCGGUGGUUCGAUCAGCACUCGGUGGAACCUUGCCACUUGCCGGACCUGCAAUGUACAAAGCUCUCACACCACAUUGGGCGGGAACACUCUUGGGAUUGGUUCAAAUCGCCUUGAUUCCUAUUCCAUUCGUGUUUUACAAAUGGGGCGAUAGAAUUAGAGCCAGGAGUCCAAUGAUCAAACAGAUGAGAGAGGACAACGAGAAGGGUCAGAAACGAGCGGCGAGAGCGAAGAGACAUCAAGAGAGGUUGGCCUUGGAGAGAGGAGAGAUUAAAGGUGAUGAAAACGCGGUGAUUGAUGUGGAAAAUAACGCUGUUGAAAAGACAAUUGAAGCUAGGGCUUCGGAAAAGUUGUAA